UAUUACAAUAAUAAAUAACGUCGUUAAGUUACACAGUCACAAACACUAUGUUAGUUUAAAUUGUGGAACUUCAUUUAAAAAACUGCUCAUUUUAAGUUUCUGUGCUCGCUGACAAACCUGCAGACUCCUGAGAACAUAAAGUGAAAACUUACACACAUUUUCAUGAUGUGACUUACAAAUCGGCAUAUAAAAAGUGUUACUUAAUGGUGCAAAUGAAAUCAAUUUUCACCUUAGUUCAUGGGACAUAACUCAAGAGAGUUUGCCGACUUUGAUUACAAAUGCCUGGUUCUGUACGAUGUCUGAAGUUAUGAAAACACAGGUGGAUUUCGGCUGUAGCGGCGGUUUUAGAGAACUACAUUUUUUUUAUAUGAGUUUCUUUUACUUCUGAUUGAAAACAGAAUACUUGAUCCCAGAGCCAGAAGGCCAUGAGGCUGUUGUGAGUGAGGAGGAGCAGCAGCAGACGCAUCAGUCAGGUGUGGAGGACCCUGGGAGCCUGGGCCUCCUGAGGUACGGUGAUGAUGACGAGGGUAAUGGUGACGAUGAAGAGCAGCAGCUGUCAGCGCAACCAGCAACAGGCUCCAACCAAGAAGAUCUGAAGGACCCAGAGUAUCGAAUAGAAUCGAGGUCAUUUUCCCCCAGAGGCCCGUCUGAAAGGAGAAAGACCGGCAGACCUCGGAUCAUUGACACACAGGACCACAUCGAUCUCAAGAUCCGCAUCCUGGAAGCCUCGCAGACGAAUGUCCUCUCGACAAGGGUGUUUAAGAAAUGUCCGGUGCAGGAGCUGCAGUGUCCUCGGGGCCUGCAGGAGGCGGACUUCCUGGACCUGCUGAGGUCCACCUUCCCUCAGCUGGCUGCUCAGAAACAUUUUGACUUCUUCACAUCUGACAGGAGCAGGAGGCUCAUUCCUCUGAGAGUACAGACGCUGACACCAGUGGAGAUCUACAGGAGCAUCAGGCUCACCGGAGCAGGAAGGUCAGCCCUCUACAUCCGACUGAAGACAGGAGAGGAGACGGAGGAGGAGCUCCACCUUUUGACCACCACUGAUUCACCGUCCACGGCCGCUGUAGUGAUAGAGAGUGGGGAAACAAGGCUCAGCUCAAGCUGCUCUGUUCAACAUGUGGAAGGUGACAAAGUGGAUGUUCAGUCCAGCAGCUCAACAUCACAACAACAGGACAUGGAAACAGAGGAAGCUGAUGGUGAAGAUGCUGCUGAGAGCCAAGUGGACUCCAGUGAUGAGUGUGACAAAAAAGGAGAUGAGGCUUUUGACGGAGACGAAGACUGGAAACCAGAUCCUGAGGUGCAGUCGCCAAAGAAGAGGAGGAAGCAAGAGUCUAAUUUGUCUGGUGUGAAGGGGCAGUUGAUUGGGAGCAGUAAAACGCCCUGUAAAGUCUGUGGAGUUUGGUACAGGAAACUGGGCAAUUUGAUCAAUCACGCCUGGAGUCACGUUAAAAAAUCACAGCUUGUUUGUGGAGUGUGUGGAGAGAAGUUUGAAUCUGUGGAAGAGUUAAAGGGACAUCUCGGGAAUCAUCAUAAAACUCACGACUGUUCUCAUUGUGGGAAAUCUUUCCUCACCAUCAGUAGCCUCAACUCCCACACCACUCUACACACAGGAGACAGACCGUUUAAAUGUGACGUUUGCCACAAAACCUUUGGUCGAUUGUCCACUUUGUGUGCUCACCGUUGGGUCCACGUGGAGGAUAAACCACACAAGUGUGAUAUUUGCCCGAAGGCGUUUGGUCUAAUGAAACAGCUCAAAGCUCACAGCAUGACACACACAUGUAGAGACAAGUACCACUGCAAUAUUUGUGGUAAAUCUUUGGCUGACCUGCGAUCUUUAACUCGCCACAAGGUGACCCACUCAGAGGAGAGACGUUACGGCUGUGAGGUUUGUGGGAAGCGUUUCAAACUCCCCAAAACAUUAAAGGCACACGAGAAGGUCCACACCUCCAGAGACCGGCCGUACCUCUGCCACAUCUGCUGCAAGACGUUUGUGACGAAUCACAGUUUAACCGCUCACAUGGGAACGCACAGCAACGAGAAGCCGUUCACCUGCAGCAUAUGUAGCAAAGGCUUCGUGUCCAAGGGGGAUCUGAACGUGCACAUGCGUGUGCACACUGGCGAGGCGCCGUACGGCUGCUCAGAGUGCGGCCGCCGUUUUAAACGCAAGACUCACCUGAACAACCACGUGAGGAGCCACCGGGGCAUCAAACUGUCUGUCUGUGGGGUUUGUGGGAAAGCGAUCUCUCGCAAAGACCACCUGGCGGCACACAUGAGGACCCACAACGGAGAGAGACCGUACCAGUGCACCAUCUGCGACAAAACCUUCACUCAGGGCCACUGUCUGAAAACGCACAUGAAGAUCCACCAGGGAGAAGAAAACCUGAAUUGACCAAAUAUGUCCACAGCACAGAAAACUAGCAUCAAAGUUUUCCCAUUUCAGAGGGCUGCAUGAUGUUGGAGCUUAACCCUUCUGAAAUGCGACUCUGACACCACAUGAACACGUGGAGACACAACAGUGAGGGAACCCCGGGUUCGAAUCCACUGUGAGACACCGGUGUGUCCCUGAUAUAGUAAUUGUAAGUCGUUUUGGAUAAAAGCGUCAGCUAAAUGAAUAUGAUGCAACAGAGAACCGAUGCCCUCUCCUUAACAGGCUGCAAAUGGCCACUUACUCCUUCUGGGCAUAAACAAACCAUGCCAGGACUCAAGGGAUGACAUUAAAGGAAGUUCAGUGACCAUUGCCCUGUUUUAUGAUGACUUAAACCCUGCCGGUCUGAUAACCCCAACCAGGACUCAGAGAGGACACCAAUAAAAGCAAUGUGACAAUGGGCCACUUUCUGACUCUCACUGGUCUCUCAUCCGUCCUCCAGAAGAUCUGGACUUAAUUAAUAAUCCAUACAGGGAACAAGAUACCAAUGUUGCCGUUCAGAGUCAAAUGUACUUUAGUUGAUAUCCUACGUUUAGUGUUAUCUGAAGAAUGUUAAGUUUUAUUUCCCCAUGAUGAUUUUGAUACAGGAACUAAACUAGUUACAGAUAUCCACAACUCCAGAAAGAAGGUUGGUGUGAUGCGUCUCUGGGCUGCUUCUUUUCCCCACCUCUUUUCACAGGGGAGAAGACAUCCUGUGAUCUCAAGAAUAUGGACAAUGACUCUAUACUGACGUAUGGAUUUUUUUUGGCUCAUUCCCUGUUGUAAGGAUGUAUGCAGAAAGUUACAAUGCCUAUAAAAAGUAUUCACCUCUCUUGGAUGUUUCACCCUUUUGUUGCUUUUAUACAUGAAAUCAUGGUCAAUAUAAUUUGGCUUUUUUGACAAGAAUUUGCAAUAAACCCUCUUUAAUAUCAACAAAAACGGGUUUUUACAAACUAAUGUCAAUUAAUUAAAAUUAUA